AUGUGUCUCCUGCAGAUUAUCCAAACCACCAGCAGCAGAAGCAAUGGGGAAGUGAUUCAGCAGACGAUGGUGGUGAGCAGCCAGGAGAAAGUGGCUGCCUUUCACAUCCAGGGCAAUAGAAGCUCAGUCGUGUGCGACUAUAAACAUAGGCUCAUUGGCUUUUGGGUUCAGGACAGAAGGAAGUGUUUGGUUGUGAAGAUGGAUAAGGUUGCCAUGCCCAGCCUGGCUGAAAUUACCCAGAGAAUCGAGAACUUCACCACCCAGCAGGUCCCAGGAGACAACAGCUUGUCCUACAGCUACUGCGAGGGGCAACUGGCCGACUACAGAACGCUAGGAAUGACACUGAACAUUCUCUGCAGCAACGUUCCCAUCUACUGGGCUGAAAACAUGCGGAAAGAGCAGCGUGGAUGGAGCAUCUGUGUGGGGAUCUUAAUAUUUAGUGUUUGCUAUAAUUUUUAAACCCACUAAAAGUCUGUUGCAUUUUUGCAACGUUCACUCUGUGCAGCCUGUAGUGUUUCUAUGAGCCAAAGUUGAAAUUCAGUUUGAAAUUUGCUAUGAAAAUUAGCCCUUAUAAAAAUUCUUGCCUAACCCAUCAUCAAUUUAAAAAAUAAAAUCUCCAUAUUGCUUUGAAA